GCCAGUGAACGCUCAGUGUCAUACAUAGGUUUGGUGCCUCAGGAACUGGGAACUGUAGUGACACCAAUGGCCAGAAACACAGGUCAGGGUGGGAGGCCAUGGACUACUUCUCCCCUUGCUUUGAGUCGUCGAACGUCCAACCUACUACUAAGCUUUGGAGUUCCACUACUGGUGUUGCAUCUUUGUGACAGCAUUGCCCAGCAAACACCAGUUGAGGAAAGCUUCCGUGACUUGGACGUUUUGGAUGCCUUUAGUGGACAAGGUGAAGUAACCAAAGCAUUCCGUCGUCAUAAGGCAAAGGCGGACUUCUUCGAUGUGGAGACUCAAGGUUCAAGUGGGGACAUACUGGAUCCGCUGGGCUUCAGAGCCAUCAUGACAAAAGUCUUGAAAUUGAAGGAAAAGGCUUUGCUUAUGGCUGGACCUCCGUGUGGGAGCUGGGUCUGGGUCAAUCGAUCCACGAGUGGUCGCUCCAAACAAAAGCUAUUUGGCAACUCAUUUCGGCAAUAUGUCCGGGAUGCAAAUUCGAUCACAUGCCGCCUCUUUGUAUUGGCUUUGGUGGCCAUUUGCAGAGGAUGUGAGGUUCUGGUGGAGCAGCCGGGGUCAUCUCUAAUGGUCCAUUGCCCCUAUGUCCAAUUUCUGGCCUUGGUGAUUCAACCUCUUCGCUGGGCCUACGCCCGAUUUCCCUUGGGAGCAUGGGGACAUGCGAAUCAAAAACCUACUGUGUGCUUUGGAACAGUGAGCUAUUUGACUGACUUCAAGCGGAGACUUACGAAACGUGACCACCGUCGAAUUCAGAAAAACAAGGCCAUCAAGAAGCAUCAAAUGGUUCGUAAGUCCAUUUCGAAAUCUGGACGAGUUCAAGUGACUGGUUCGACGGGAAUGCGGAAGAGUGCUACCUAUCCACGCCCUUUUGCAGAGGCACUUGCCAAGAAACACCUUUCUUUUAUGG